AUGAAACACCACCCAUUACACCUGCAGACCAUAUUGCGGAGAAAAAAAAUAGUAUUCGAGUCUAAUCUACUCCAGCUGUUCGAUACUUGCCCACAUUGUGCCCACCCGAGUCAGAGCCAUAUUGUUGAUAAACCAAACAGUGGCUUUGGGACAAUGGUCCGUGUAGAACAGCGAUGCAUGGAUUGCGAGUUUACUCGUAAAUUGGACAGCCAGCCAAUGUUGAAGCAAAUGCCCCUUGGUAACCUGAUGUUAUCUGCUUCAAUCCUUUUCUCUGGCAGUCAGAUCAGUCAAGUGCUGCGCAUGUUACAUAUUUUCAAUGUAGCUACGUACAGUCGACAGACUUUUCAGCGCCACCAAAAUGAUUAUGUCAUACCGACAAUCAUCAAUGGGUGGAAAGAAAAGCAGGCAGACCUGAUCGCAGAACUUAAAGAAAACCAAAUCCAUCUUGCAGGUGACCGCAGAAAUAACAGCCCAUGUCAUUCUGCCAAAUAUGGUACGUACACCUUUAUAGAACAAACAUCAAAGAAGGUGGUAGAUCUGCAACAAGUACAAAGCAGUGAAGCUUGUAGCAGUAACGCCUGUGAAUUAUUUGGUUUUAAAAGGGGGGUGUCUUUCCUAACAGAACAACUAACUUGCCGCGGUCUAGUUACAGAUCGGCACAGAUCUAUAGCUGCCUUUAUUCGGGACGAUCUUAAAGUCAACAACCCCAUGUGUGCGGAGAUGGAUCAUUUCAAUGAUGUUUGGCACACUGCUAAGGGCCUUGGUAAGAAAACAAUCAAGAUCGGAACCAAGCAGCCAGAAGUCAACCUAUGGAAAAAAUCCAUUGUUAACCACAUGUACUUUGUUGCAGCAACAGCCCCCAAAGAAAAUAGAAGGGAUCAUCUCAAAGACAGGUGGCUUUCUCUGGACAAUCACCUCCGUGAUAUUCAUGAAAAUGACCUUGACUUGAACCCCAUGUGUGAUCAUGGGCACCUAUUGUACGAUAGAAACAAAGAGUGGUUUGUUCGUGGGACAGUGGGCAGUGCGAUGCUGACAGACCUGCUGACAUCAAAUGCAGUGGUCAAGGAUGUCCAAAAUCUGACACCUCGAUUCCAAACUUCCAGUCUUGAAGCAUUCCAUAGUCUUGGUGUUCGCUUUGCGCCCAAACAUAUCCACUUUGGUUGGCUCGGUCAAUUGGCGAGGACUUACCUGGCGGCUAUGCAUCACAAUGAAAACGCCAACAGGAUGCAAGCUAUAACAAGAAAUGGACUGCCUCAAUACCGUGUUAGUUUCCCCAAGUAUAAAUCUGGCCACCAAAACUGA